AUGGUUAUGUACCCAACGCAGCGAGCCAAAGAGUGUUCUCCUAUAGUCAUCCGAGAGGCAUCCGUCCUCCGUAAGCAAGCCGCCGACCGGGAGGCCGCGCUAAAGAAGGACAUCGACCAGGCGAAAGGGGCAGCGGCAGCUCUCAAGAACGCUAACCUUUCCCUCGAGGGAACAGUGGCCGGUCUGAAGGACAGGGAAGCUGUCCUGGAGAGGGACCUCCGGGAGCUAGGGGACGAGAGCGCCAGGAUGCUCGACGAGGUGGGCAUGUGUGUGGUCAUGUGGGGGUGCCCGGUGGCGUUGCGUUGCCUUGCACUACCGCUAAAAACGUAAUUAAUUGUAGCACACCUUUUCUUUUUUUUACGUCAUUUUUUUAUCCGUGAUGAAAAAGAGAAAAGGCGGCCUGUCCGGCGUGGUCAUGUGGCCUCGUGUGCGCGUGUUUGUGUUUUUAUAUUAGCAUCGACCGCGCUAACCGGCUGACCAAUGAAAAGACGUCAGUGCCAGCGGGUAAAAAUCAAGGUCUCUGGAAGGGGGCCAAAAUUCGAAAAGUGCGCAAUGCGCUUAAUGCGAAUGCCAAUACGACUCUCUCAACAUAUUCAUUCACGCAGACACACAUCUCAGCUACACCAAUGCCCUCGCUCGAAUCUCGGAAGCCACUGAUGCAAAGAGUGGAGGACAGCAAAAGGGGUUAUUUCAAGCCCAGCCGAAGCCAGGAUAUCGUGUGGUAUGCUUCAUCUCCCAAUUUGAUAAUCGUACACUCCCAAGAUCCAAGCCAUCGUGUCAGCAGCUAGAUGACUCAAACAAAAUUGCAACACAUA